AUGUGUGAGCAAAUAAGCGCUAUAAAUCAAUAUUACAAAAUCUUAAUAUAUGAUAAGAUCAACAAAGAGGAAGCACUGAACAAGAUAUCCACUUUACACGAAAAUCUGAAAUUUAAGAAUAAUAAUAAGUUUUCCGAUAGAUACUUUGAAACAGCUUCUGUAAUAGAAAAGAAUUUAUCUCUUUUCAAAUCUGUUUGUAACCAUGUGGAUAUUAUUACUACUCUUCUUGAUCAUUUGCAUGCUAACGGAACAAAAUUGAUGUUUAAUAACGAGAAAUACAAUACUGAUGAUUUCAACAUAAUAUACUUAAUGUUGAUUAUAUGUGAAGAACGCGAGAUUUCAACAUUUUUGAGAAAGGCUAUUAUCGAUAAUUCUGUUCUGGCAGAUAAAUUUUAUGACAUAACAUUACUAAUUUCAAAUUACACCGCAGAGAUGAUUGUGUUCGAAGAUUCAGAUUUACAUGCAAUUAUUACCUAUUUGAAGAUUAAACCUUGUUUUCUAAAUGAAUUAUUUACAAACUGCAAAGAUUGUUCCUUACGUUUCAAUAUGGUGUCUAUAUGGUCAGAAGACAGUAUAUCUGCAAAAACAUUAGCAAUGAAACUACAAAAGGAUCUUAUAUUCAUAAAUACUAUUUUCGAGUUUGGUACUGGUAUUAAGCUUCCUUCCCAGAAAACAGUGUUUAGAACUUUUCAUUUCUUUUUAUAUAAUAAUGAUGAAUAUAUACUUGAAAAUGAAGAUAAAAUAAAUUUGAACGCAUAUACAAGUUCAGUUUACAAUCAUUUUUAUAAUGGUACAUGGCAAAAGCCUGUAAGUGAUACAUACUGGAUACAUAAUGAUAAUAUAUAUGCACACGCAACAAGAGCAGAUAUAAAGAGAGCCUCAGAUUCAGCUUUAGAAGCGUUUAAAAGUUGGAGUAAUUUGCCUCUUAAUUCUAGAAUAGAAAUAUUAAAUAAUCUUGCAUAUACAUUAGAAUACAAUGGCAAAUAUCUAUUAGCAAAGACAGUAUCAAAAUGUACAAAAUUAUUAAGUAAGAUGCGUAAACAUACGUUAGCCUCAGAUGAAAAAUUGGAACUAAUCACCAUUAAUGCACCAGGAGGUGUAAUUCCUAUCUAUCAUAUUGAUGAAGUUGUAUUGUUUAGUUAUUUAACAGUAUCUCUAUAUUUUGGCAAUUGUGUUCUUCUACUAUAUACUAAAAAUUCGUGCAAUAUAACACCAUAUUUUAAUAUGUUUUCAACAGCUGAGGUACCUCCAGGUGUUAUAAAUUUAAUAUCUCAUAAAAAUAUAUCUUUCUUUGUUCAGUCUUCGAAUCCUCCACUACCUCAACAAAUAAUAGAGGUUACUCUACCGAAGAAUAUUAUACUUCCUCUUAAAUAA